AUGAUGGUAGGAGAACAUCAUCGAGCGAAUCCAACGGUUCAUGUGCCUCCAUGGCCCACCCAUGACGAUCCAACGGCUGAGAUUUAUUCCUCUUAUUUCCCUGACGAUUGCAAUGCUGGCUCCGGAGAUUACUCUCCGUACUAUCUCCGUGAAGCACUGACGGCGCUUCAGCGUUAUCUUCCGUCAAACGAGUUAGACGGCGAUUCCGACUCGGACGUUCACGGCCGUGACUCGGAGUCUCCAGUGGACGCAUACUCAUGCGAUCAUUUCCGCAUGUACGAGUUCAAGAUAAGAAGGUGCGCUCGUGGAAGAUCGCAUGACUGGACCGAGUGUCCGUACGCUCAUCCCGGAGAGAAAGCACGCCGUCGUGAUCCAAGGAAGUUUCAUUACUCCGGCACAGCAUGUCCUGAUUUUCGCAAAGGAAACUGCAAGAAAGGUGACGCGUGUGAGUACGCGCACGGUGUUUUUGAGUGCUGGCUUCACCCAGCGCGUUACCGUACUCAGCCAUGCAAAGAUGGAACCAGUUGCCGCCGGCGCGUUUGUUUCUUCGCUCACACACCGGAGCAGAUCCGACUCAACGUUCAACAGAAUACUCCACGGAGCCUAAACUCGCCAGAUUCUUACGACGGUUCUCCACUAAGACAAACUGGUUUGCCGUUUUUGUCUUCUCCGAUUUCUAUUUCUCCACCGGAGUUAGAUUCACCACCGAUAUCUCCAAUGAGUAAAUCUCUAGGUUCUAGUUCAAUUAACGAGAUGGUGGCUUCCUUAAGAAACUUACAGCUUGGGAAGUUAAAAUCUAUGCCGGUUAAUAGAAACCUGACAUUCGGGUCAAGUUUCGGGUCACCAAGAGGCUCUGUCCUUCGACCCGGGUUUUGUAGUCUUCCUAAUACACCAACUCAAAAACCCAAUUCGGGUCGGGUUGGCGUUGGGUAUUUUGAUCUUUGGGAACAGAGUUGUGAGGAGGAGCCAAUAAUGGAAAGAGUUGAAUCUGGAAGAGACAUAAGGGCUAAAAUGUUUGAGAAACUAAGCAAAGAAAAUUCAAUGGAGAAUCCGGAUUCAGAUCCGGGUUUGGGUCAAUCAGGUGGGGCUCCGGAUGUUGGGUGGGUUUCUGAACUGCUGAAAUGA